AUGGCUUUGACGCCCGCUUCACUGGACAGUCUUCCGACUGAGAUCCUGUCAGAGGUCAUCUCGUACAUUGCCGAUCUCAGGACACUCUAUCAUCUCAUAACGGCUUCUCCAUCCGUAUCCCGCAUCUUUGACAGCCCGACCAUGGGCCCUGAGGCUUUCGAGCACGUCCUGGCAAACUCAACAGCUCCCCAAGUGUUUGGUUUAGUCCGACUCGUCGCCAUUGUCCGAACAGCAACAGCAGAUGACCCACCGGCAACAUCCCUUGAUGCCUUCGUCAAGCGGGCCAACCAUCACAUGCAACACAGCGGCCGGGGACAGUUCUACAGUAGCAUCCCACCUCUGACCCGUACUUAUCAACGUCAAAAAACAGGGGCCGUCAGGAGCCUCCUUCAGAUCGCUCGCCGAAUUGCUUAUCUGACCCCAGCUUGUCUCUCCUACUACCGUGAACAAUGGCUCUCGGCAACUCCCUCACACGCAGAAGGCGAUAUGCGCGGGUGGGUGUACAAGACUUGGAAGAAUCGCUACGCAGGCCGCCCGUACAGUCCCGAUGACAUUGGCCCGCCCGUCUGGAUCGAAGAGCACAGGGUGACGCGAGGGUUUUGGAGGCUGCAGCUGCUUUACGAACUCCAACGGGCAACCUCGGAGAACCGACUAGGCUGGAAGAUGGAUGAGACACGCGGUCCGGUCUCCGCGGAGGGCCUAUACGGCGCGUUGCGUUAUGAGAAGGAGGAAUUCUUCACGGUGUCGGACUUCGUCAACCGCAUCCAGGGGGAAAGCAGCUCGUGGAGUCUGCCGUGUCCAACUACGACGGCUUCAGUCACAGAAUGGCCAGAGCCCGCGCCGCCUCUCGCAGUUGACGAGCCGGCAGGUCAUACUCGCGGUUAUCUCAUGAGUCAAAACCCCGUCGGAUGGGUUUACGCAAACAUACGCCUCCGACACUUCCCGCCCUCGCCCAUCCGCGGCGUUCCUCUGCAACCGUUCCGCCGGCUGGGACUGUUCAUAUGGGAGUACGACAAGUUGGUGAAGAUGGAGCUGAUGUCUCCCACAGGAUAUCCGUUUAGCGCCAAGGGGGAGCCGUCCAAGAUGUACACAUGGCGUAGCCUGCUGAGCCAGGAGAUUCUGGCAGAGGUUGAAGAGAAUCUGGACCUGGGGAGCAAUCGCCGGCAGACGACGCAUACCGACGCCGCGUUUGGACUGCCUCCUCUUUGA